AUGGCGCCAUUCAUUCCUAGAUAUUCUGUCUUUAAAUCAAACUAUAGUGAUAAGUAUUUACGCUAUGUUAAUGAAUCAGAGUCGCUGUACCGAUAUGUUCGAUGCGAUGGGGAAGAUAUCGUGAGUCCGUUCGCCAAAUUCAAAGUAGAGACGGCAACAAAAAGUGCUGACUUUGUCCACAUAAGAUGCUGUUUUAGCAACAAAUACUGGCGGCGAAAUAAUGAGGAAGGCGACUACAUCAUUGCAGCAGCGGACAAGCCAGAUGAGGACGAAUCCAAAUGGUCGUGUACCCUGUUCAAGCCCAUCCAGUUCCUUGAUGACAAAACAUUCCGUUUCCAGCACGUCCAGCUUGGACACAAUGUAUGGUUUAAUCGAUCGGCUAACGAAUACAGGGGUUGCUUAAUUGCAAGGUAUUCCGUUCCUGAAUUGGCGGGGGCCGAUCUUUUUACGGUUACCAACUGGGAAUCAUUGGUGAUAUUGCCCAAACACGUAGUGUUUAAGGGCGAUAAUGGAAAAUAUCUACGAUACCGUGGUGAGGGUGGCGACGACCAUAUGGAAUUUGGGUCUGAUGAUAUUGGUGCUACAAAAGUUGCCAACGAAGUUUUCACCAAUUUUGAUGGAAGCAUCCGUGUGAAGCAUGAUUACAAUGGAAAAUUCUGGAAGGCUACCCCAAAUUGGAUAUAUCCCGUCUCCACUGACACUUCUGCUACACCAGAAACAUCGUUUUGGCCAGUCAAUCUCCAGAAAGACAAUCUCAUCGCUCUUAAGAACUUGGGCAACGACAGAUUUUGUCGUAGAACCAAUUAUGGUGGCACAGUUGAUUGUCUGGCUGCUGCCUCCUGGGCCACAACUAUAGACCUAGAGGCCAAUCUGGCGGUGGAAGAGCCAUUGGUUGCGAGGGACAUUUACGACGUUGAUUUUCAUCUCGAUGACAUAAGGGUUUACAAUGAACAGGUCCUAGUCAUGGCAUCCGACGAAACCACUAACCAGUCAGACACAGAAAUAAAAGACUCUGCGCUGGCAUUGGCGUACGAAGACACUAGGACGAGCAGUUAUAAGACUAGCACGUCGGUGAAGACCAGUGUUGAAAUGAGUUUCUCCGCCACCAUUCCAAUCAUUGAAGGUCUACUAGAUAUCGGACUGUCGUCUUCAUUCUCAGUAGAGUUCGGGAAGAAAUACUCAUGGGGCGACGAAAAGAAAAAGACCAACAAGCUAUCUGCUACUAUCAAAGUUGUAGUGCCUCCAAGGACUAAGGUGAAAGUGGAGCUGGUGGCCACAAAAGGAGUUUGCGAUGUGCCAUUUUCUUAUGCUCAACGAGACACUCUCACCAAUGGCAAACAGAUUACUUACGUUAAAGAUGAUGGUGUCUAUACUGGUACCAAUUACUUUGGAUUCGAUUUUGUGGUCAAGGAGGAGAAACUCGCCGCAUGA